AUGAAGGCUUAUAUAUCUGUAUUAGCAGUCAUCUUCAUUGCAGCUACUAUCUUCAGCGAGAUUGCAACAAGUUGUCCUUGCCAGGAAGAAGAUGCUGCAUCAGAUAAAAAUCUAGCUAUUGCUCAAUGUUCAGAGCAACACAAAAUCAGCAAUGAAGCUUUUGAAAGGAUUGCAAACCAUGAGGACGUACCUAAUGAUCAUGAAGUUAAGUGUUGGCUCAGUUGUAUAAUGAAGAAAUUAGGAAUGAUGAAAGAAGGCCAAAUUGACUGGGAACAUUCCAAAACUCUGAUGAAGCAAGACCUUGCGUCUGAGAAAGAUAAAGCCAAAGUUGAUAAGAUUGCUGAAAUAUGCCUUGCUCAAGUUUCUGAAGAGAAAAUAGAUGAAUGUCAGCUUGCUUAUUCUGUAGCAGUAUGUAAAAUUAACAACUGGAACAAGCUUGGCCUUCCAAAAAGAAAAGUGGAACAAUAA